AUGCGGGCUGCCACUGUCUUCGCCGGACUGCUGUCCGUUGUGGCCACCGUCAACUGUUUCAGCUUCUCUGCCACCGAGCUCUUCGAGAAGCUGCGCGAGGUGCCCGAGAGCUGGACCCAAGUUGGCUCUCCCGACCCCGCUCAAAAGCUGCGGUUCAUGAUCGCGGUCAAACAGCCUAACCACGCUCUUUUCGAGCAGACUCUGCUGGACAUCUCCACCCCGGGCUCUGCCAACUACGGCAAGCACUUGAAGCGCGAUGAGCUCAAGAACAUGCUCCGCCCUGAGGCCAAAGCCACCGACUCGAUCAUUGCUUGGCUCGAGACCUCUGGUAUCGAGAGUGAGGCUAUCGAGGAUGACGGCGAGUGGAUCAACUUCGUCGCGACUGUCUCGCAAGCCGAGAAGAUGAUGGCUACCAAGUUCAACACCUACCGCAGUGAGAUCCGCAAAAGCGUCCAGAACAUUCGCACUCUCGAGUACUCGAUUCCCACGGAGCUGCAUGACUUCAUCAACAUGAUCCAGCCCACCACUCGCUUUGCUCAGAUUCGCCCCCAGAGGAGCUUGAUCUAUUAUAAGAAAUUACUUGACAUCAAUGCUUUGGCCAGUGCGGAUGACGUUUCCGCAAGCUGCAACUCGACCAUUACCCCCGAUUGCCUGAAGAGCCUGUACAAUAUCGAGGGCUACACUCCCAAGGCCAACCAGACCUACCUCGGUGUCUCGGGCUUCCUCGAGGAGUACGCUCGUUACGAUGACCUUGCUCAAUUCAUCGACACGUACGCGCCUGCCGCUAAAGGCAAGAGCUUCAGUUUCGGCUCCAUCAACGGCUCCAGCCUUCCCCAAGAUAGCAGCGACGAUGCUACCGAGGCCAAUCUGGAUAUCCAGUACACUCUUCCGCUUGUUUACCCUCUGGACGUGACAUACUUCUACACUUCUGGUCGUGGCCCUCUCGUUCCUGAUCUGGACCAGCCUGACGUGUCUAGCAACGAGCCUUACCUCGAGUACUUCACCGAGCUGAUGAAGAAACCCGACUCUGAGCUUCCUUCCACCCUCUCCACCUCGUAUGGUGAAGAUGAGCAGAGUGUUCCCGCCAGCUAUGCCAGGACUAUAUGCGAUAUGAUCGGCCAGCUUGGGUCUCGCGGUGUCUCGGUCAUUUUCUCGUCGGGCGACACUGGACCUGGCUCUGCCUGCCAGACUAACGACGGCAAGAACACGACGCGCUUCCUUCCGGUCUUCCCCGCUUCGUGCCCGUAUGCCACCUCGGUCGGCGGUACUUACCAGAUUGAGCCUGAGAGAGCUGUUUCUUUCUCGUCCGGUGGCUUCUCCGACCUCUGGGAGCGUCCCAGCUGGCAGAAUGAUACUAUCAACAAGUAUCUUGGGAUUCUCGGCGAUAAGUGGACCGACUUGUACAAUCCUCAGGGCCGUGGCUUCCCCGAUGUUGCUGCUCAAGGCCGCCAGUACCGCGUCGUCAUUAAUGGACUACAGAGUCUUGUUGGUGGCACUUCAGCGUCUGCACCGACUUUCGCGUCCAUCAUCGCACUUCUCAACUCAGCUCGCGUUGAAGCUGGUCAGGCUCCUCUCGGGUGGCUCAAUCCUUGGCUGUACAGCACUGGCAAGGGCGGUUUGACCGACAUUGUCGAUGGAACGUCGACGGGCUGCACUGGCACGGAUAUAUUCUCCGGACUGCCCGCACCAAAGGUUGAUGGCGCUGGAUGGGCUGCGGUGGAAGGAUGGGAUCCCGUUACUGGCCUGGGCACUCCUGACUUUAGUCGUCUUCUCAAGCUCGCAGUCCAGACCAGGUACGGCGGCUACCGCCAGAAGUAA